UUAGUUUUUUAGGUUAUCUUCUAAACGCAAUUUAAUUUAUUUUAAUUUUUAUACUAUUCUGAUAAUACACACUAAAUGGAAGACUCUGCGACUGAUAAAAGGCCUCAAUUUGGGAACAGAGUUCUAGAAAAUGCUGACGAUGUAUUCAAACAUAACGCGUGGUACAGUAUUUUACCAUUUUCGCAAUUUAUGUAAAAGACUCAGGUGUUCUGCCAACAACAUUGAAGGUUUAGAGAAAACAAGACACAGGAAAAAGCCUCCUGGUGGCUCUAGAUAUUUGAACAGUAAUAAAAAAGACCUUGUUUAUCUUUUCAACGCAUGGGAUAAUGUUGAAUGGGACGAAGAGCAAGAGAAAGCAGCAAAAGAAAAGGUGGAACAGAACUCACAAGUUACGUUUGCAGACAAUGUUUUGAAGGAUUUGGACGAAAAUGCUGAUAAGCAUUGGGAUGCGUUUUACAGCAUACAUCAAAACAGGUUUUUCAAAGAUAGACAUUGGCUAUUCACGGAGUUUCCAGAACUUGCACCGGACAACACAUCUGCACCGAAGAGAGUUUUUCCCGACAAUGAAACUCCAACCACAACUGCACCUAUCCAACCUGAUGCCCCAAACCAAGUUGAGUCCAAACCAGAGUCAAAUAACUCUGGUAAACGGUACAUAUUUGAAAUAGGUUGUGGAGUUGGAAACACUAUCUUUCCUAUUCUACAAUACAGCCAGGACCCGAACCUUUUUAUCUAUGGUUGUGAUUUUUCGUCAACCGCCAUUGACAUAAUGAAGGAAAAUGAGCUGUAUGACACUAAGAGGUGUGAAGUGUUUGUACUGGAUGCAACUGGAACUGAGUGGAAUGUACCAUUCAAAGAAAACUCCAUUGAUAUAAUUGUGCUUAUCUUUGUUCUGUCGGCAAUUGAGCCUGGAAAGAUGGCGUCAGUUGUUCAACAAAUACACAAGUAUCUAAAGCCAGGUGGACUAGUUGUUUUCCGCGACUAUGGUCGCUACGACCUUGCCCAACUACGGUUUAAGAAAGGCCGCUGCAUAUCUGACAACUUCUAUGCCCGAGGGGACAAAACUAAGGUCUACUUCUUCACACAAGAAGAAAUAAAGAAUUUAUUUACAUCAGCUGGUUUCACAGAAGAACAGAAUUUAAUUGACAGAAGAUUGCAAGUUAAUAGAGGGAAGAUGUUGACUAUGUACAGAGUGUGGAUACAGGCGAAAUAUAGAAAGCCUUUAUAGCAGUAAA